AUGUCGGACCCAGUCAAGGACAAACCGGAGUGGUCGCCCGCGGCGGACGAGGCGGCUCCCACGGCAGCCAACAAUGACGUCGGCUCAUGGGCAAACGCCAGCGGCCGAGAUUCCGACGACGCCGACUGCGAAACCAAACCAAACGACCUCUACAGCCCCCUGCCUACCCUGCGCGAAACCCACUCCGACAUGUACGCGAGCUCUCGGCGGAGGCGCGCAGAGUCGGUCUCGACAGCCACGGGAAGCCUGGCUCCAACGGCCGCGCGCGUCGACACGGUUCUUUCGCGAAUACGAUCGCGGCCGGUGCCCCAAUUCACGCACCCGCUGGCCCAUGUGCGCACGACCGAGGCAUCGCUCGUCAACUUUGACGGCCCUGACGACCCCUACCACCCGCUCAACUGGGUGGCGCAUAAGAAGGCGUCGACGACGCUGCUGUAUGGCCUCGUCACCAUGACGGCGACGUGGACGUCGUCUUCGUACUCGGCCGGCACCUCGCAGAUUGCGCGCGAGUUCCACGUCGGCACACAGGUCGCCACGCUCGGCACGGUGCUGUACCUGUUUGGCUUCGGGCUCGGACCGAUGCUGUGGGCGCCGCUCAGCGAGGUCUACGGGCGGCGCGUGGCCGUCAUGGUGCCCAUGGUCAUAUCUACGUGCUUCACCAUCGGCAGCGCCACCGCCAAGGAUCUCCAGACGCUCAUGUUGACGCGCUUCUUUGAUGCCUUUUUCGCCUCCGCGCCCGUGACCAACACCGGCGGCGUGCUCGGGGACAUGUACUCUCCUGAUGAGCGAGGCAUUGCCAUGGCGGGCUAUGCCAUGGCUGUUACUGGCGGCCCGGCGUUGAGUCCCAUCAUCUCGGCAGCCCUCGUCGAGCAGCCAUCCCUCGGGUGGCGCUGGACGCUGUACCUCUCGACCAUGCUGCAGGCCGUGGUGCUGGCCAUGGCCAUCAUCUUCAUCGACGAGAGCUAUCCGCCGAGCCUACUCGUCUGCAAGGCCCAGCGCCUGCGUUUCUCAACGGGCAACUGGGCGCUGCACGCGCAGUUUGAGGAAUGGGACAUUAGCGUGCGCGAGCUGGCAACCAAGUUCCUCCUGCGGCCGGUGCAGCUCCUCUGCACGCCCAUCUGCUUUCUCAUGGCGCUCUACGCCAGCUUCUGCUACGGCAUCCUGUACAUGCAGCUGGGGGCCAUCCCCAUCAUCUUUGGUGAGCUGCGCGGGUGGCGGCCUUUUGUGGCGUCGCUGCCGUUUCUGGCCGUCUUCAUGGGCGCCGCGCUCGGCUGCGUGCUCAACAUCUACAACCAGACCGUCUACAACAGAGCCUACCACGCCGCCGGCGACCGUGCCGUCCCGGAGAAGAGGCUGCCGCCCAUGAUGCUGGGCGGAGUCGUCUUCAGCGCCGGCCAGUUCCUGCUCGGGUGGACGGCCGAUCCGGGCGUCCACUGGGCCGCGCCGUGCCUGGGGCUCUUCAUGCUCGGCACCGGCUUCUUUACCAUUUUCCAGGCGGCGGUGAAUUACCUCGUCGACACGUUCCAGGCGCACGGUGCUUCGGCCAUUGCGGCAAAUACCUUUCUGAGGUCUUGCUUCGCCGGCGUCUUUCCGCUGGUUGUGGGGCCGCUGUAUCACAAUAUCGGCGUCGGGCCCGGUUCGAGCAUCACGGGGGGGAUUGCGGCACUGUUGAUUCCCGUGCCGUUUGUGUUUUACAAACAUGGGCGGCAGGCGAGGGCCAAGUCUCAGUGGUCUAAGGACUCUGUGUGUUGA